AUGAAUCCGUAUUCAGUCAAAGGUACAUUAGGUGGAAAGAGCAAGCGCAGGUGCAAGUGCAAGCAUGCAGCAUCGAAGGUUACAAUCAAAGAAGAAGUCGUUGUCAAAGAGGAGCCAAGAGAUGGCGCUGAAUUGAUUCAUUUUUCGCCAGCACCAUCACCAAUAUCGAUUAAUGUAAAUGGCACGGUUAAGUCCGAGAGCGAGAGCGACAGCGAGUCGAGCACGAAAUACGAUCUUGAUUGUGUGAAGAAAGAAAUCAAGAGUGAAGAUGAAGAAGAGUGUUCGAAGAAGAAUUGGUGCUCAUCGACACAAGAUGAUGGUUCAAAUCAACGCAAAGGCGAUAAUAGAAGUGGUGAUCGUCGACAUCGUUCAGGACAAAAUACACACAAUAACAAAGGGCAACGUGGACGGAAAUCAAAAUCAAAGAAGCGGAUUGGAGAAGAGAAGCCAAAGAUUCACAAAUGUCAUUUGUGUAGUUAUACAACAUCACACAAAGGAACUCUCAAUUCACAUCUCCGAAUCCAUACCGGUGAAAAGCCUUCUGCAUGUGAAAUAUGUGCAAAGACUUUUUCACACAAGCAUGCUUUGAAUCGACACAAGAAAGUCCAUGCCAAUGAAUAUCCAUUCCAUUGUCCAAAGUGUCGUCGAGGAUUCGAACAAAAAGUCGAAAAGAUCGAACACGAAAAUCAAUGCCAACAACGACAAUACCAAUGUAUUGUAUGCAAAUACACCACUGAUCGUUUGGCAAGUCUCAAACAACACAUGGCAAUCCAUAGUGAUGAGAAGCCUUUCCAAUGCCGCGUUUGUUCAAAAACAUUUAAACGAAAAUAUCAUCUUUGCCAACAUUUGCGCACUCACACCAAACAUCUACCGUUUGCCUGCUCAAAAUGUGGACAACGAUUUGCUGAAGAAAGCUGUAAAAAAACGCAUGAGGAUCGAUGCAACCGUCGACGAUUCGAAUGUUAUCUCUGCCCGUACAAAUGUUUCAAGAAAAGUCAUUUGAAAUACCACAUGCAAUUGAAGCACAUAGGCGAAAAACAGUUUCAAUGCAAAGUGUGUGAUAAGAAGUUUGUUUUGAAAUGUCAGCUCAAGACACAUUUGAAAAUGCAUGCCAAACCGCGACCAAUUCGUUGCAUCAAAUGCUAUCGUCGAUUUGCAAACGAAGACGACAAGAAUGCACAUGAAAAGUAUUGUAGUCGACGCCACUAUGAAUGUUACAUCU